AUGGAACUAGAGACCACAUUUUGCUAUUUACCACUUUGGACCAUCUCACCACGCUCUCCCAAGGAUGCCAAUCAACCCAAAGGAGAUCAUAUUGGGGUACUAGCCUUCUCAAAGCUAGUAAACUGCAAGGCGCCCCGCGGCUUCCUCAAGUGCACCUUCAAGCAGAAGAAGCCACACCUGCGUCUGGAGACAUGCAGUGACCUCCUGAUUCAUUUGAAUUGUUUACUCUUUGUUCACCGACUGGCAGAAGAGUCCAGGACAAAUGCUUGUGGGAGUAAAUCCGGAGUUAUCACACAGGAUCAUGUACUGACUGCAGGAAAGGUAAUUCUGAGGAAGAGCAGAGGCUAGAAGUCAACACGUG